AUGAAUGUAAAUUCAGAUAAGAUGAAAUUACGUAGUAAAGGACGUAUGCGGAGAGCUUGUGAACAUCGCGUUCAGGAGGGGAUCAUCUGUUGGUGUGUGUUCGUGAAACGAAACGAGAGCAUAAACAAGGCGUGUGUCGCCUACGAACAUUCAAUCCUGAAGCGCUCACUUCCUAUAGAAGAGACGCUGCCGAGCCAAGCGCAGCAAGUGCUGCUUCUCGGCGAUACAGGAUACGGAUAUAGCUACGUGAACCAGUUCGCCAAGAAGAUGAUCACUGCCGCACCGCAUACCACUUCACAGCAGGCUCAUACGAACAUGCUGGCCGGUGCAGCCGCAUCUACCCCGUCAACUGGUACGGCUCCGUCAUCUCUGUGUUCCACACCUCUCACCAUGUUCAACCCCAACUUUCAACCUCUUGUUCAGUAUGUACAGCAACAACCUUCGUAUCAGUAUACGCAACAAGCGAUUUCACCGUUGGCACCUAUCCUACCACCAAUGAGCAAUCUUUUUGAAGGUGUACCAAUAUUCUUAAUCCCUCAAAAUGGCGUUAAUCCAACCACCAUUCCAAUUUCUACUAUUCAGAGGGCUGCUGAAUUGAAGACGAGCUGGUCCGCACAGAACCCAACUCCAAAAAUCGACACAAGCAAACAUUUUCACGUGUUCGUUGGAGAUCUUGCCGCUGAGGUGGACAAUAAUAUGUUAAAGGCUGCAUUCACAGCAUACGGAGAGAUAUCUGAGGCAAAAGUCAUACGCGAUCCACAAACGAUGAAAUCAAAAGGCUACGGAUUUGUUUCCUUCCCAAGUAAAGAGAGCGCGGAAAAGGCAAUUGCUGGUAUGAACGGACAAGUGAUCGGACGCCGACAAAUUCGAACAAACUGGGCGUCUCGAAAGCCAACCAACAGUGAUGAUGCGCAUGCCAAAGAACAAACCUUCGACGAAGUGUUCAACGCGACUCGUGCCGAUAAUACUUCCGUUUAUAAUGAUCUACGUGAAGCGUUCGCAUCCAUCGGAGUUAUCAAUGAGGUGCGUAUCUUCAAGCAACAAGGUUAUGCGUUUGUUCGUUAUACCACAAAAGAGUCAGCCACUCGUGCCAUUAUGCGCUUGAAUGGGAAGGAAAUCAAUGGUCAGAAUAUCAAAUGCAGCUGGGGGCGAACCCCAAAUGACAACGGUUUGCUUGCGAACCAGGCAGCACUUAAUGGCCUCGGAUUGGUUGGUGCCAACUUUCUCGGCAUGAAUCCGCUAGCGAAUCCGUUGGUUUGGAGUCAGAGCCAGUGCUUGUCUCAAUUUUACGGUCACGCAACCGCUAUACAGCCUUAA